AAUUUUGUAAAAUAAACCAGUUGAUUAACGAUUUGUUAAAAUGAAAUUUUUAAUUUUUAUUUUCCUUUACUGGAACCUCGAAAUACACAACGUUAACGCAUACAAUUUCACUUGUUCGUCUGAACUACCAAAAUCAACGCAAAGAAAUUUUGGUACAUGGGGCAAGUGGCCGAAUGCAAUCGUCAAAUAUGAAUUUCAUUCGAGUUUAACAUCUGCUGAUAUUGCCGAAGUGAAUAAAGCCUUUAAUGUGUAUCAUACAAAAACCUGUGUUCGUUUCCAAAAGCGUGCGAGUGGCGAAGCUGCUUACGUAAGCAUUGAGAACGAGCCGUCAGUGUGUGGUCUGGCUCAUGUCUGCAGAGGUGGAGGCUAUCAAUUCGCUCAAUUUGGUGGAAGUUGCAGAAAUGCAGGUGUAAUGGUUCACGAAUUGGGACACUCUUUGUGCUUUGGUCAUGAACAAUCUAGAGAAGACAGGGACAACUAUUUGAAUUAUCCCUGUGGUGAUGCUGGCGGAAAAGACAUGGGCUUUGACAUAAAUUUGUUUUACGAUUACAAGAGUGCAAUGCAUUACGGAUGUAAUGAUUGCAUGCGACCUAAAAUGGCUGAUGUUUCCACAUCGAUGUGCGGCGGUGAUUUCAGCGUAUUGGAUGCUGAAAAAGUGAACGCAUUUUACGAUUGCCCAGGAUGCCUCGGCUACCGUUUUCGAUCCGUGUUGAAGAUAACAGCUGCAGAAAAAGCAGAUUUAUUAGUUGCUAGAGAUACUGGUGAAUUUCUCUACGUGUGCAGAGCUUAUCAAAAUGGUGACAUUAUACCUGGUACGGGUAAUAUUAAUAGCGGCAAGUGCUACGUUUCCAUACACGCACUAGAGCAUGUUCACACCAACGGAGAAUUUCUGACGAAAGGCAAAUCUGGAACACGGCUUGUUUGGUCACAAAAACCGUCGAAUAACGUAAUCCCGAGUAAUGCAGUCGCUGGUGGUAGAAGUCGAAUGGGCGAAACACUGUAUAUUGCCCGUGCGAAUGUUGUUUCUGGCGGAAGAUCAUCUGUGGUCGUUGGAAAAGUUCACGCUGGUAGACCUGAUGUCGCUUUCUUGCCAUUUGAUGGUAAGGAACAUGAAAUUUAUUCAUUUGAGUUUCUGGUAUGCAAUUGAAAUUGGUUUGGCAAUGAUAGUUGUACAAUAUUCUUUUGAUGUCAAUAAAACCGAAGAAUCAUAGUGAAAUAGUAA